AUGGUAGGUAACCCCCCGUCAGCACUAUCCAAUCUUCCUACUCUCCAUUCUCUACAUAACGAACCUCUCCUCAGAGAGCUUGCCGUGACGCAAGCGCUCGCUAGCAGCUUGAGUCGCGACUGCGAAAAAUGGCGUACCCUCGUCGAAAAACACUCCUCAGCCCUCGAAGAGGCCAACAAGACCAUCACUGCGGCCAACAAAAAGCUCAAAGACCGCGAGCACAUCAUUUCCAAGCUCAAAAAGGGCAACGCCUCUCUCAAAACCCAAGGCGACACCUCCUCAACCCUAGCCACCUCCCUCGCCUCCACCCUCAAAGAAACAACAACAAGCCUCGACUCGACCAACAAAAAACUCGAAGACGCAACCGCCAAACACGACAGUCUGGCCCUUCAACUCCAAGAAGCAAAAGCAAACAUGACCAAACUCCGGCGCAGUGACCGCAACAAAGAGAAAACACAACAGCAAAAUCUCCACCUCAAAGCCCUCCUGCACCGCCAAUGCGCCGCAAGAUACAACAGCAACAACAGUAACGACAACAACACCGCAGCCACUCUCCGCACCGCCCCCACCACCACUACUGCUACUACUACUCGCAACGAAGACAUCCUGCACUCCGCACUCUCAGCAGCUCUCGAACGCAUCGAUGAGCUCGAGACAAGCGCGCAUGCACUGCUUGAUGCAUUGGACGAACAUGGUGAUAGUAGCAAUGAAGAAGAAGACGAUGAGGGAGAACACGAUGAAGCAGACGCAACGGCAAAGUUACUGGAAGCGCAGGUGAAAAUGGAUGGCGUGUUGAGGGAUCGGGGGUUUGCAGUCAAGAAAGGGGAGUGGGGACACUUGAUUAGAGACUAG